GUUUGGCGCAGACCGUUCGGUCCAUAUCAGUCCUUUCUUGUUCGUUUGACUCGAAUUUUGACAUGUUCGUUUGGCUCACAACACUCUCUUCGCAUAUCUCUCCAUCUGAGUAUUGCUAAUCUUGAGUUAAUAGCGCCGCUAGUGGAGUUGCUCUAAUGUUGUUAUCGUUAUCGUACCAUUUCUUGUUUGAAGAGGUUUGUGUCUAGUGAUUUGAAUUCGUUCGCUAGAUAGUUUCUGUCCGUUGUUUAAAUAAAUUCACAGUACCAUGGGAAUACGACACCUAGAUACGUUCAUCCGACGGGAUCUUCCUGAUGGAUUGUUACAGAUCAAUAUUGAAAAUGAAAUCAGAUCAUAUUACGAAGCUUCAAACACUCCCAAUCCCCCAGCUCCAGUAAUCGUUAUAGAUCUCAUGUCGCUAUAUUAUCCCGUGUGUGAACUUGAUUUCCCUGGGCUACUUUGCGGUGGUCGAUAUAAUCAAGUUGCCUUUACGCUAGAGUGCUUUUUUUCAAGACUGAAAUCUACCGGAGCAGAGCUGGUCUUUUUUCGAGACGGCCCAGUCCAAGAAACUAAAAUAAAUACAUGGCUUGAGCGCCAAGAUCGGAAAUAUGUGGACAGUAUAAAAAUAAUCGAUACCAUUCGCAGGAACCCCAAUCUGCAAUCUCUUAUUGCCAGACAGAGACUUAUUGCCAUAACAGACUAUCCUUAUAGCAGGAUCGCGAAGCAGUUUGGUCCUUUGCAUAUUGCAAUGAGUAAGGAAUGCGAUCAGGAAGUAGCUGCCUAUGCUACUGCCGUAAACGCGAUAGCAGUUGUUUCAAAUGAUACGGAUUUUAUGAUUUUCGAAGGGAACUGGCGCCUCUGGUCUUCGAAAGAUAUCAAUUUUGAAACUUUUAACACGUUUGAGUACAAUCGGACGGCUCUAGUCGAAGCGCUUCAGCUAAGCUAUAAACAAAUGGCUGUAUUCGCAACACUCGGUGGAAAUGAUUUGGUCCAAUAUGAAGAAGUUAAAGCAUUCCACCACAAGCUGGGCUCAAACGAUCGUAAGUUCUACAACUUGGCCGACUUUGUUCGUAACUUGACGAGCGCUGAACAUGACCAGAAAUGGUUAGAAAGCUGCUUGGGGCAAGUUUUUAGAAGACCUAGCGGAGACGUACGUGAACGCUUUCAGAAAAGUUUGGAAUUCUACGACCAGAGCUAUCGAAAAAACGCUAAUGAAUCCGAAAGUACAACGGUUGAUGAACUCAAGCAACUGGCAAUGACAAAAGAAACUGUUUAUCAAGUAUUAAGUGGACGUCCUUUGAAAUUAGUCAUAAAUAUGCUAGAUUUGCGACGAUCGUGUAACGGCGCCAAAUUUCCAGAAAUGGCCCAACGUGUUAUGAUGCGACAGGUAGGAAUACUGCUCUAUCAUCAGCAACGAAGUUGUCAAAACUGGGUGGUACUGAUUAAAGAGAACCAUGACGCCAAUUUUGCUUCACGGCAAUUCCAAAUCGAAUAUCCCAUCGACGCUCCUCCGCCUAUCAUUGAGCUUUUGUCUGACGAUCCGAAAGUUCAAGCAAGUUUACAAGAAACUAAGAUGCGAUUGUUAUGCUGGGUAGCAUCGGAUAAGCUGAGUUAUCAAAUGCUGCAACAAAUUCCAGAGCAGUACGUGGUCACAGUAAUUACAUUGCACUGUUUAGUGGAGAAUCAAGCAAUCAAGCUGUUCGAGGCGGAUCUUUUGUUAUUCGUGGCUUUUAUGGUUUACACUAAAAGCUAUGACUUUCAUACGCUACCAUACCCUUCAGUUCUGAUUGCUGGUGCAGUGAGCGUAGCGUUUCUAUUUACUGCAAUGUAUAAAAUUAUAAGAAUUGCAACCAAAUCUAUUGGAUUGUCCUUCGAAGAUGCCGCAGAUGGUCCUCAUUUCGAUGGUGUUCUUUUCCAACAGUUAUACGCAAACUGGAGAAGAGGAAAAGGAAAUUUAGAGUCAAUCAAGGAUUGGCGCAUAUAUACUCGUUCGACACGCUGAUUCAUAAACUGUAUUCUACUAAUAAAGCAAUAUGUUGAGAAAACAUUCCUCGUAGUGGAGACAGACAACAAAAUCUAACAUCAACUUUCCUCGUAAAACAAAACCAUCAGCUAUUGAAACAACCGGAUUUAUUUUCGCUACCUUCGGUUCACAUCAAACCACAAUCCAUUACUGCAGCAACUUUUUUUCACACGAAUUUACGAGUCGUUCUCAAAGUCAGCUGGGUUUUUGCGAUUGAUCUGGGUGUGCAAGUUUUCCACAUAAUUGUAUACCAUGUAGCCGAUGAUGAAUGCUGUAA